GUUAUAGAAAAGUUAUCGAAUUGCAAUAACAAUAUUUCACAAGCCGAAGUCGUUUGCAAGUUUUUGUUAAUUUAAUUCAGUAAAAAUGUCGGAAACCAGCUCCAAGGAAAACGUAAAGACCGCAAUGACAUACAUUUGUGGCGAAUGCCAUCACGAGAACGAGAUGCGUCCACGUGAUCCCAUACGUUGCCGCGAGUGUGGCUACCGUAUCAUGUACAAGAAGCGCACCAAGCGUCUUGUCGUUUUUGAUGCACGUUAAAGUUUUCCGGACCACAAUUAACAGGGAUUGAGAACUAUUUUUAGAGUUUAGCUUGUAGUUGAAGAAUAUAUUUUAAUAAAUAUAAGAGACUUGUAAGCAUUCAAUAUAA